AGCGACCAAAGCAGGGGAGGGUGGGGUGGGUUGUGAGGGCUCUUCGGUGCUGGCGGGGGCGGCCUACGAAAGUGUCAUGGCUACUGCCGCUGAGCUUAGUCGCCCGACCAUCGGUGACAGGAGCCUAGAGCGGAGCUGCAGCCCCAGCCUCUCACAAGAGGUGGUCUGCGAAGUCUUUCGCUCCUUGCAUACCCUGGCUGGACAACUUAACAUCAGAGAUGAUGUGGUGAAAAUUACAAUCGAUUGGAACAAGCUCCAGAGCCUCUCGGCAUUCCAGCCUGCUUUGCUCUUUAGUGCACUUGAACAACACGUUUUAUAUUUACAGCCUUUUUUAGCAAAACUUCAGCCUCUGAUUAAAGAGGAGAAUACAACUGUUGUUGAAGAAAUAGGAAAAACAGAAACAGGGAACAAGAAUGAAGUAAAUGCCAAAUUUCCCAUUGGAGACCUACAGGAGGAAGAAAAGCACAAAGAUUGUGAUUUGGGAGAUGUGAAAAAGACACAGAUCCAUUUUGAUCCAGAAGUAGUUCAAAUAAAGGCUGGAAAAGCAGAAAUUGACAGACGAAUAUCUGCAUUUAUUGAAAGAAAGCAAGCUGAAAUCAAUGAAAACAACGUCAGGGAAUUUUGCAAUGUUAUUGAUUGUAAUCAAGAAAAUAGUUGUGCGAGAACUGAUGCCAUUUUUACUCCUUACCCUGGGUUUAAAAGUCAUGUAAAAGUUUCUAGAGUUGUGAAUACGUAUGGACCACAGACUAGACCUGAAGGAAUUCAAGGGUCAGGUCAUAAACCUAACAGCAUGCUCCGCGAUUGUGGUAAUCAGGCUGUAGAAGAACGACUACAAAACAUUGAGGCUCACUUGCGAUCGCAGACAGGUGGUCCGGUGCCAAGAGACAUUUAUCAGAGAAUUAAAAAACUUGAGGACAGAAUCCUUGAAUUGGAAGGCAUUUCUCCUGAAUAUUUUCAAUCUGUAAACUUUUCUGGAAAAAGAAGAAAAGUUCAACCACCUCAAAACUAUUCACUGGCUGAACUUGAUGAGAAAAUUAGUGCCCUCAAGCAAGCUCUGCUCAGAAAAUCAAGAGAAGCAGAAUCUAUGGUGACGCAUCACCUUCCAUGAAAAACUCCUCUGUUGUCAGUCAUUUUACUUUUUUAGAUAUGUGUGUAUAACUUACUUACAUAGCCAUUUAAUUAAUUGCAGUGUAUUAAUGUAGACUUCCCUCUGAAAGCAAGGUUUAUUUUCAUGUGAGUCCACUUUGCAGCAAGCAAUCUUCAAAUAUUCCAGUGUACUUUAAAAUAGUUAAUGCAUUGAAAAUAGCAAUGUUGGAAUUUAUUCCCUUCUGUUUUAAAGGAGGUAUUUUGGAAAUUGAAAAACUUAAUUUGAAAGUACAUCUUCAUGUGUAUGUGUGUGUUUACCACAGAAAGGAAGAUUUAUUUUGAAUAGUGAUAUUUAAGAAGACUUUAUAUUUGUAACAUUGAUACUAACCAGUUUUAGUUUAAACCAGUACUUUGUACAUAAUAGGCAUUCAAUAAAAAUUUGAAGUGAGUUUUAAAUGAUGCAUAUAUUCUUUUCCAAGUGUCAGUUUAAUCUAAAUAGUAGAUCAUACCUUUUAUCCC